UCUCCUGUCAAAAACAUUAAGUUGGAAGUUGUAUAACCCGUGAUGAUACCAAAACUCUAUACAAAAAAAUGUAUAUCAUGAGUCCCAUGAAAUUAUGAGUAAAACCAAAUCACAAAUUAUAAGAUAUAACAGAAAACUAUGUUUAUUCAUUCAAAAUACAGGAAUAAAAGUAUGCAGUCACAUUGUGACAUACAUAGCCAGCCAGCUCUCCAAGAAAUUUAUGAUUUAACUGAAUCAAUUUUGUGUACAUCACUACAGGUGCUGAAUUUCUAGUUACAAAAUUGUAGAUUUUCAUUGAACUUCAGAUAUUUUCUCAGUGCUUACUUUAUGUUCUGUAUACAAUCAUGUAGCUGCAAUCUUUAUAUAUAAUAUGAUUCUUUAGUAAACCAAAAUAGAAUAAAAUAAGAAAGAAAAAGUAAAGCUCCUGUGUUUUUGCGUGUGCCUGUCAGCAACUCUGCACUUCUGCUAUUUGGUCAGUGGUCUGCUUUGUUCUUAAAGUAUUUACACCACCAGAAUUUCCCAUACUAUAUCAAAUGUUGUAGGUCAGAUGAUUGCACAACUGUCUUUUUCAUUUUUGUAUCAGUGCAAUUUGAUAUCUUUCUAUGGUCAUUUACUUCUAUUAACAAAUGUCUGAUACUCCAUUUAAUAUAAAAUUUAACUCAAUUUUUUAUGUGUAUUGCCUUUGAACUGAUUUAUCACCACCGCAAAAAUUAUUCCUAGGCCAAAUAAAAAUGAAAUAAAAUGGAAAGCGAGUAUGUUCUAAAGCUAUUAAUACACUAACACUGAUUUAUUGAUUGAAAAACCAGUGUGAUGAUAUACUAAUUCCUUGUUAAGUAAUAUGGCCAAUUUUAUGUAUUAGUCUUGGUUCAUGAACAUGUAAUGCUAUGUCAGGUCCCCACUUCCCUUUCUUUCCCCCUUCCUGCUUUCCCCAGCCCACCUGCCAGAUGUCCAGCAGUGGCUCAGGAAGAGGAGUGGGGAGAAAUGAGGUCCAGUUGAGUAGCAGCAGCAGAAAGCACAGGUAGGGGGAAGUGGAGAAAGAAGAGACAGGUGUAUUGUAGCCUGCACUGGGCAAGGGGGUUUGGCACUCUAUGUGGAGGGGGCGCUGGAAAGCUGGAGUUGUAUAACAUAGAAGGACAGCAGUGGGCAGUGUUGCACAAGCAAGAACGCCUGGCAUCCGAGGAGCUCAGUAGCUGUCAGUGUGUAAAGUCAGGGCAGACAGUUCAGAAUGUUUUGGUGCAGCUGGUGAAGUGCUUGCUGUAUCAGCUGCAUAAGGAACUGUAUCUGAUUAACACUUGGUUUUGAAAAUGUGCAUUUUAGCUCAGUGACAAAGGGAAUAUAUUUUCUGUGCAUCAGCAAGAUAUCUCAGUCACCAUGACCGGCACAGCAGCUCCGCCGGCAGAGACGGAAGCGCCUCCGCGGGCCCAGAAGGAGCCGCCCUCGCCGUUCCUGAGGGGCCUUCCUGAGCCGCUGCCCGAGCACCAGCUGCCCGCCGUCCAGGAACUGCGCCGCUGGCUGGACACGCAGCCGCACCUGCCGCCGCUCACAGACGAGCACCUGCACCUGUUCCUGCACAGCUGUUAUGGAAACCUGGAGCCCACCAAGAAGACCAUCGAGAUGUACUUUACGGUGCGCACGCAGUGGACGGACCUCUUCUCCAACAGGGACCCGCUGCUGCCCGAGAUUGAAUGCCUCAUGGACCUCGCGCACCUGAUGCAGCUGCCGCGGCCGACGCCGGAGGGCUACCGCGUCAUGCUGUACCGGCUGGUCAACCCGGACGCGUCGCGGCUGCACUUCGGCACCGCCGUCAAGGCGUUCUGCAUGUACAACGACAUGCAGCUGUCCGAGGACGGCCUCGUGCCCGGGUACGUCGUCGUCUUCGACAUGGCCGGCGUCCACCUGGGCCACCUCGCGCGCGUCAGCCUAGCAGUGGUGCGGAAGUUCAUGAUCUACAUACAGGACUGCCAUCCUGUCCGACUGAAAGGGGUGCAUGUCAUCAACACAGUCGGUUUCAUUGACAAAGUGUUAGCACUUGUGAAACCAUUCCUAAAAAGUGAAAUCAUAAAACUGCUUCACUUCCAUGGCCCAGUAACAUCAUUAGGAAAAUUUUUACCACUUGAUAUAUUACCUGAAGAAUAUGGUGGAACAGGAGGGAAAUGUCAGGAACUUGCUGAUAAAUAUCGCACCUUACUGCGGACAAGUUACAGAUCAUUUUUAAUGGAAGAAGAAGUUCUCCGCGUGGAUGAAAGUAAGCGUCCUCCAAAACAAAGCUGGUGGCAGAUCUUCUGGGGCAGUGACACUAAUUCUCUUCAACAGCUUUCUCUCGAUUGAAAAAUUCUUCUUGUCCUUGCGUAUUACAAAUUUUGUGUCACAUUUUCAGAACUAAACAGUACUUCCAGUUUUCCUGACACUCCCACCCACUGAAUGUUAUAUGCCACUUUCCAUAUCUUCUGUUACAUAUACUACUGACUUUGUGAAAUACCUAACUGUGUAAAAUGACAAUGUUUAAAGUGAAUAGCCACUCCUCAGGUGUCACAAUUCCACUACAAUAUACUUGAUUUCGUUUGUAUAUAUUAUAUAGGCCUACUCACUUACUAUUUACUUUUAUAUAAGUUCAAAGGCCAUAGUAACAUGGUAGUGUGCUGAAGAAUUUAGGUUUGUGUUUGCUGACAUGUAUAAUUGGCAACUGUCAGCAAUGUUAUUAUUGUAACAUAUUGUUAUUAUGUUGAUUAUAAUGAUGUACACUGUCUCAGUUGUGAACCUGCAAGUUUCUAGUGACAAAUAAUUUUAUAAAAACAAAUAACAUACCAAAUAUGUUACUCAAUAUUGUAUUUAAUCUGUAUAGCAAUAAAUCAUCUUAUUCAUCUACAGAACAUAGCUUCUUAUACAUCAAAAUGGACUUUUCCUAGUCAUAAUGUCGGCACAUACCUCGAGCAGCAUUAAGGAAAGCAAGACUCAGAACUUAUAAACACAAAAUAUCAUUUUAGUGUUAUAUGUCAAUGGUGUUAUCAUGUUAUCAUAAUCUGUACUCUGAACCAAAGCAAUGGGAAUGUGCAAUACUUUUGCAGUAAUUUUAGUUUGUUUUAUAAUAUAAUGAUUAAUGAUCUUUAUGAACAGCCAUACCUGAUUAUUCUUAAAGACUGGUUAUUUGUAAAGUUAAAAUUUUGUCACAGAUCAACUAUUUACUGAGCUACAGUUUGAAAUUCUGUGUAUUUUCGAUAUUCAGAUGCAGAAGUAGGUACUAUUUCUCUGUUUGCUGGGUAUUUUUAUCAAUAAUUUUUCAUUUUCUUUAUUUUCAAUUCAUUUCUCAACUUGACUUUUUCUUGCUGUAGAUCAAAAGAAGCAAAUCUGCAAAACAAGGAGACAUGUUUCUAAUUGAAAUAACAAGUGCUCUAUUUGUACUAUAGUCUGCUAUAAAUCUUACACUUUUUCCAAUGCUCAUCAGAGAACGUAAAAACAGAGUGUGAAAAUGAAGGUUAUUUUCUAGCUGCUGAAUGAUGCUAUGUAUUUGGUAUGGCUUUACAGUUUACUGAUCGUUAAUCAUCUGAACAUUUACAUGUAAUUUUAUUAUGUUAGUUAUUAAUGUAAAACAGAUCAUAUUAUUUUAGUUAUGCAUUUUGUAAAAGUAUAUUCAAGAUUUCUA